CUUUCUUCACGUGUCGCGGAAAUUACACGCGAGCACCUCGCUCCGCCAUCCGCGCGGGGUCGUCGUGCAUGUCGUGCGUAUCGUGCGCGUGACGGCGCCACACACAUGGGCGAGAAAACGAGGCUGCCGAUGCUGCUGGCGCGGCCGCGGCCGUGGCCGCGACAGAACCGCCGGCGCCACCGGCUGCGGCAGGCCACGCUCGCUCUGGGCUCCGUCCUGGCGCUGUACUGCCUGAUUUUCGUCGCGAGGACGCCGGCGCCGAGCGCCGGUGGUCUGUCGAGCGCCGCCGGAUCAGGGCGGCACACCAGGCCGCCGCCGCCGCCAGAGAUUCUGAACAACCUGUCGCUUGACGAAGCGCAGUGCCGUGCCUACUUCCCCGGGCUCACAAAGGAGGUUGACGACAUGGUGGCCCGGGGCCCGUUCCAGGUGAAGCAGACGAACGAUAUGGGGCCUCUGCAGGGGAGGAUCAAGGAUGGACAAAUAUACAUCAUCCACGCCCAACGUAAAUCAGACCUUUCGCAAGAGAUGUUGAACUCGCGCACCGCUUCCCUCCACCAGCUCCACCGCGCGCUGCUCACCUCGCCGACGCCGAUGCCGGACACCAUCUUCACGCUCAACUUCCAAGAUCAGCCGUUCGGCACGGCCUGGACCUACAGCCGGCACGCGGACCCGACGUUCGGGUCGCGGGACCCGGACGCACGGUCGUUCCUCAUGCCGCACUUCUCCUUCUGGGCGUGGAACCUGCCCUUCGUCGGCUCCAUGUCGCGCGCGGCGGCCGCCAUCGCGCAGCUCGAGUCCGGCUACACCGCGCCGGCGGGCGACUGGCACGACAAGAUCCCCAAGGCGGUCUGGCGCGGCACAACGUGGUUCAACAGCGUGCACAACCCGCGGCUGCGGCAGGACCUGCUGGCGGCGGCGCGGGGCCAGCCGUGGGCGGACAUCCAGGCGCUCGAGUGGCGGAGUGUGCCGGGCGCGUCCGAGAGAAAUGCGACCAACGCGCUGCCGAUCGAGGAGUUCUGCCGGUACAAGUACGUCGUGCACACCGAGGGCGUCUCAUACAGCGGGCGCUUCCAGUUCCUGCAGAUGUGCGCCAGCGUCGUGCUCACGCCGCCGAUUAUGUGGAUGCAGCACGUCACGCAUCUGGCCCGGCCGCUGUUCUCGAGUGAUUUGAAGAAGGGGGGCAAGACCUGGAUGCCGUCCGAAAAGGUCAGGAGGGCGUGGCCGGUAGGGUAUAAACCCGAGGAGGCAAAUAUCGUGUUUGUUGCGCCGGACUGGUCGGAUCUGGGCGACACCGUGGCUUGGUUGGAAGAGCAUCCCGAGAUAGCCGAGGGGAUUGCGAGGAGGCAGCGGGAUCUGUUUGUUGGUGGGGGAUACUUCAGCCCGGCUGCUGAGACGUGUUACUGGCGGGCGCUGGUGAGAGGUUGGGCAAAGAUGGCGAUGACGGACGGCGAAGGGUUUGAGAAUGUCGAGGGAACCACACUGGAGGCGUUUAGCCUGACAAAUGGUCCCUGACAGGAGCUUGCUAUCAUAAACGGCGUGCUCGUCCCCUUUCGUCCGUGUCAUUGUUCGGAAUCAUUCGUCUCGGACCGUGCAUCCACGUAGACCGGUCGUGGUCGAUAGCGUUCCUCGUCACCUCACCGCACACCCCCCAGCACCGAGACCCCAGUCACUUCGACCUCGUGUGUAGUCUCAGAAACUCGUCACCCCCGGGGUCCAGUUCUCGCCGAUCCUCCGCAUAUCUUCGGCAAACCUCCUACUCGUGAUCUUCUUUCCACCCAGACCCGAAGGUGACGAGUGCUCGUCCGGGUCAAAGAACGGGUCCUGCGCCAGGCGAAUAUAGGCCGCUUGCAUCGCCUUGAAGACCGGCCUCAUCUCGACCUCCCUCAGUCCC